AUGGGAAUUGGAUGGCAUCGAAGUGAGAUCGGCCGGCCGGUGCUGUUCUCGCUGGCAGUGGACGGCGAGGCCGGCGUGCGGAAGGUGCUGCAGAUGCUGAGGGACGAGCUGGAGCUCACCAUGGCGCUCAGCGGCUGCACGUCGCUGAGGGAGAUCACCCGCGCCCACGUCAUCACUGACAGCGACAGGAUCGGCCGCUCGCGGCUGUAG